AUGAAUUCAUUGCAGCAGAGGCAAUUUUCAGUCCUUCUGUGGAAAAAUUCCCUUUUAAUGAUGCGGAAGGUGUUUGGCUUAGUGGUGCAGAUUCUCUUGAUAUUUCUGUUGUUUGCAUGGACUUUGACCUUACGCAAGUAUUCUAAGAAGAUAUUUGUUCAUGAUAUAAUUUUUAAUCCUGUUCGCCUGGCAUUACCUGGCUUCCUUAAUAAAAGAUUUGAAUAUGAAUUGGCUUAUGUACCUUCUGAGAGCGAUGCAGCAAGAAAUAUUACUGAGAUGGUGAAAAAGGAUUUAAAUUUCAACUUUACAGUUCGAGGCUUUCCUUCAGAACGAUCUUUUGAGAAAUACAUUAAGUAUGAAAAAAAGUCUGCGCAUGUGCUGGCUGCUAUUGUGUUUGAUCACGUGUUCAAAACGAGCAACGAACGCUUGCCACUUCAGGUAAAAUACAGUUUGCGCUUUGGCCAUCUCUAUGAUCCUAGCAAUCCAUUAGAGCCAUCUGAGAACCAGGAAGGAAAGGACUGGAAUACGUCAGUUCUCUUCCCAUCCAUGCCUUCCCUAGGAUCCCGGAACUACAUAGACAAGGACGGGGGAAACCCUGGAUACAUCAGAGAAGGAUUUCUUGUCGUGCAGCAUUCCAUAGAUAAGGCCAUCAUGGUGUAUCACAGUGGCAGAGCAGCUGAAGACAUGUUUGCUAAUACAACCAUUUAUGCAAAGAGAUUCCCACGCCCCGCUUUCACUCAUGACCGUUUCUUGUGGAUUUUCAUUGAUAUGUUUCCUUGGACAAUUUUAUUUACAUUUACUCAAAUGACACUUGUCACUGUUGGGACUAUUAUGUUGGAAAAGGAAAAGAGAUUGAAGGAAUACCAGCUCAUGGUGGGACUCAGUAACGCUAUGCUCUGGGCUUCGUAUUUCAUCAUCUUCCUAUUGAUGUAUUUCACUGUCAUCUGCUUGCUGUGUGGGAUUUUAUUUCUCAAGAUUACACAUGAGAGAGUCUUCCAACACAGUGACCCGCUAUUCAUCGCCUUCUAUUUCCUGUGUUUUGCAAUCUCCUCGGUGUUAUUUGGCUUCCUGAUUAGCACUCUCUUCGAUAAAGCAUCUCUGGCCACUUCUAUUGCAGGUUUCCUUCAUUUUCUCACGUUCUUUCCCUAUCUAAUCGUAAUUCCGAUGUAUGAUCAGACAAGCCUCAGUGGGAAGCUGGCUCUCUGCCUCAUCACAAACACUGCUCUAGCUUUCGGGGCUGACUUAAUAUGCAAGAUGGAAAUGAAAGGGCAUGGCGCUCAGUGGUACAACUUCGCUACAAAAAUUAACGCCGACGAUGACCUAACUUUGGCCCACAUAAUAGGAAUGUUUAUAUUAAGUGCUUUUCUGUAUGGCCUUGUGGCCUGGUACAUAGAUGCUGUUUUCCCAGGGAAGUAUGGUGUGCCCAAGCCCUGGAACUUUUUCCUGCAGAAAUCCUACUGGUUUGGAGAGCCAGCCGUAAGCAGGGAGGAGAGCCAAGUUACUGAUAUACCCUCAAAUGAUUUUGUUGAGCCCGAACCCCAGGGCUUAGUGGCCGGCAUCCAGAUUCAACAUUUGUUCAAGGAAUUCACCUUAAAAAAUAAUACCCUGAUGGCAGUAAAAGAUUUGUCUUUGAACGUGUACGAGGGACAAAUAACUGUUCUUCUAGGGCAUAAUGGGGCAGGAAAAACCACCACCUUGUCCAUUCUCACAGGUUUGUAUCUUCCUACCAGAGGAAAAGUCUAUAUUAGUGGAUAUGACAUCUCAUCUGACAUGGAUCACGUUAGGAAAAGCUUGGGCUUGUGUCCCCAGGAAAACCUGUUGUUCCCAUUGAUGACAGUGUCAGAACACCUUCAUUUCUACUGUGUGAUAAAAGGAGUAUCUUCGAAGAAACGAUCCAGUGAAAUUCGCAAGAUGCUCACUUCUUUUGACCUGCUUGAAAAAAGUAAUACAAUGUCCAAGGAUCUGAGUGGAGGAAUGAAGCGCAAACUCUCAAUUAUCAUAGCUCUUAUAGGGGACACUAAGGUGGUGAUACUGGAUGAGCCAACAUCUGGCAUGGAUCCAGUGUCAAGGAGGGCCACCUGGGACCUACUUCAGCAAUAUAAAAAGGACCGUACCAUGCUACUAACCACACACCACAUGGAUGAAGCUGAUGUGCUGGGCGACCGCAUUGCCAUCCUGGUCAUGGGGAGUCUGAAAUGCUGUGGCUCUUCGCUUUUCCUGAAGAAACUAUAUGGUGUGGGCUACCACCUGGUCAUGGUGAAGACUCCUGACUGUGAUGUUGAAGAAAUCUCCCAUCUAAUUAGGAAAUACAUACCAACUGCCAAGGUAGAGACCAAUGUCGCAGCUGAAUUGUCAUUUAUCCUGCCGAAGGAGUACACACACAGGUUUGCAGAACUUUUCACAGUCCUAGAGAAAAGACAAGGAGAGCUGGGCAUCUCUGGCUUUGGUGUCUCCAUGACUACCAUGGAAGAGGUUUUCUUCAAGGUCAGUAAUAUGGAAGACUUGAAGUUGAACACUGAGACUAUGCACUUAGCUCCCGCAGAGGAUCAAAGCAUAAGCGAAGAUAACCAGAACAUGAACGUGCACAGAAAUUUUGAGAGAUCAAAUUACUCAAGAGGACACUUUAAUACUUCAUUUAAUUCUGGGUGGGCUCUUUACACCCAGCAGUUCAGAGCCAUGUUCAUCAAAAGGGUAAUGUUCUCUUGGCGCAACUGGAAACUCCUGCUGCUGCAGUUGCUGGCACUCCUGGGUCUCAUGUAUCUUCUGAUGAAAGGCAUAAGCUUUCCGGCACCUGAAAAGCUUCCCAGGAAGAUGGACUUGGAGCAGUACGGCCAGACCAUCGUGCCCUUCUCCAUUUCUGGAGAUCCUGAUUUGACUCAUAAUCUCACUGAAAACCUUGAAUUCAUGUUGAAGGCCAAAAACCAAAAAAUUCAUGAAGUGCAAGGUGACGUGCAGGACUACUUACUGAAGAAUAAAGACUGCAUCUACUCAUGCGUCAUUGCCUUGUCCCUUGAUGUGACCAGAGACAGAAAGACAUUCACCUUUUGGUUCAACAAUGAGGCAUACCACUCUCCAUCAUUGUCCUUAUCAGUAUUAGACAACAUUAUUUUUAUGUCUCUCUCUGACCGUGAUGCCACCAUUACUGUCACCAACAAGCCCCAGCCUCUGCGUUUCAGAGAGAGCAAGGAUGAUGAAAGGAGUAUAUCAGGGAUCCAGAUAGUCUUUAACUUGCUCUUCGGGAUGAGCAUUUUCACCAGUGGCUUUUGCCUUAUGACAGUGAUGGAGAGAGUUAGUAAAUCAAAGCACAUCCAGUUUGUCAGUGGGAUCUACACCUUUAAUUUUUGGCUCUCUGCACUGCUGUGGGAUCUCAUCAUCUACUUCAUUGCCUGUGUCCUCCUACUGCUGGUGUUCUUAAUCAGUGAUAUAGAUAUAUUGCUGAAGGAAUACCGCUUCCUGGACACAAUGUUCAUCCUCAUGUUGUUUGGCUGGUCUGUCAUCCCCUUCAUCUACCUCCUAAGCUUCUGGUACAACACUAGCACCAAUGCCUACAUCAAGAUCUUUGUAUUCAACCACUGUUUAGGAUUUAUGAGUAUAAUUAUGGAUAUUGUGGUAAACAUCAUACCAGACAUUAAGACCAGUACUAAGAACCUCAUACUUAAUUCACUGCUGGUGUUACCCAUUUAUAACUUUGGCAUGAGCAUCUACAAGUACCAUAACAUCCAAGAGAUGAAGAAAAUAUGUUCUUCAGGACAUUUUAGUGCCUAUGAAGAUUGCAAUGAGGAAAAUAUUAAACUUCCUAUAUAUAGUAUGGACCAAAAAGCAAUUGGAAGGCAUGUGACUGCCAUGGCCGCCUCAGGAAUGAUAUAUCUCCUCCUCCUUGUCUUUCUGGAUACUAUUUCAUGGAAUCUAAAAAUCUUUGUAUAUCGCUAUAUUUUCUUUGGUAUCUUCAGGAUAUUUCAUAAGGCCAAAAUAUCCAAGGAACUCUCUGGGGAAUCUAAAGAUGAGGAUGUAGAAAAUGAAAGAGUGAGUAUCCUGCAACAUCCUCAGCAGUCAAUGAAGUCUCCUGUGCUCAUUAAAGAACUUGUGAAGAUAUAUUUUAAAAUUCCACCUAUUCUUGCUGUGCGAAAUGUCUCUGUUGCCAUUGAAAAGGAGGAGUGCUUCGGAUUGCUUGGGUUAAAUGGAGCUGGGAAAACUACUACCUUUGAAGUUCUGACUGGAGAAGAGAUUGCCACCUCUGGGGACGUGUUCAUUGAAGGCUAUAGCAUCACUAGAAAUAUCCUAAAGAUAAGGUCAAAAAUCGGCUAUUGUCCACAGUUUGAUGCCUUGCUGGAUUACAUGACCUCCCGGGAGAUACUAACUAUGUAUGCCAGGGUGUGGGGGAUUCCAGAGAAGAAUAUCAGGCCCUAUGUGGAUAACUUGUUGAAUAUGCUGUAUCUGAAAUCACACUCAGAGAAGUUUAUUUCCACUUUGAGUGGAGGAAACAAACGUAGACUGAGCACUGCUAUUGCCGUAAUGGGAAAGCCUUCAGUCAUCUUCCUAGAUGAGCCAUCCACUGGCAUGGACCCACUAGCCAGGCGCAUGCUCUGGAACACAGUGAUAAAGACACGAGAGAGUGGCAAAGUCAUCAUCAUAACUUCUCACAGCAUGGAGGAGUGUGAAGCUCUCUGUACCAGGCUAGCCAUAAUGGUUCGGGGGAAGUUUAUGUGCCUAGGUAGCCCUCAGCAUCUCAAGAACAAAUUUGGCAAUAUUUACACCAUGAAUAUCAAGUUCAAAACCAGCGCUGACGACAAUGUAAUAAAUGCUUUUAAAAAUUUUAUUGCCAAGGUUUUCCAAGGUAGUGACUUGAAGCAGGAGAAUCAAGGGAUCCUUAAUUACUACAUUCCCAGCAAGGACAACAGCUGGGGAAAGGUGUUUGGCAUUAUGGAGAAAGCGAAGGAGCAGUACGCUUUAGAAGACUAUUCCAUUACUCAGAUCACCUUGGAGCAAGUCUUCCUGACCUUUGCCUACCCAGACAACACAGAAAGUGUUUAUGCAAAAGAAGUGCCUUGA